AUGCCUCGCUUCUUCGAAAUUUCUGAUAAAUUCACAAAACUGGGAUGUGCCUGUGUUGCUAUUGUCAACCUCUUCCUGAUAUUUUUGACUAUAUUCCAUAUUAAGAGAAUUGUGGGAACAUACAAACUAAUGGUCACAUUAUUCGCGUUUAUGGGAAUAGCAUUCUCAGUGUGGGAACUGAUUACUCAUCCAUUUGUCCAUAAUUUUAACAAGGGAUGGGUAUUUUUUAGUUUGAACUCUUACAUGAGCCAAUUAUAUUAAUAUAAAGGAUUUCUUCAAAUUUCCUUAGCAAUUUAUGCAGCCUUCUAUGUUCUCAUUGCUUCAUUUAUUGCUGUUCAGUUUGUAUUUCGGUAUUAUACACUUUUCAAUACAGAAACUGGCAAUAAAUUCAAUGUUAAAGGUGCAAUAAUUUGGGUGUAGGUGGUCUUGAUAUAAUUGCACAGUACUCCAUCAUACUUUAUUGUGGAAUUCGAAUGCAUAUUGUCAUGAAAAAGGAGUUUAAUAGUUAUUCAGUGGCUAACAGAAAUUUGCAACGGCAAUUCUUUCGGGCACUAGUUGUUCAAACUAUUGUUCCAACUAUUUUGUUUGCAUGCCCAGCGCUUUCAGUCUUAUUAAGCCCACUUUUGGGUAUCAAAAUGAAUUAUGAAACUGGAUGGAUUUAUGCAGCUUUCAGUCUUUAUCCAACCAUUGAUAGCAUUGCUUUCAUGCUUCUUGUAUCAGAAUAUCGUGCAGUAACAAAGUUUUCAGAUCUAUUCAAACAAAUGUUCCCCAAUAAAUCAGCUCGAACAUCAGAAACUUAA